AUGGGACUACUCUGGGGUCUGGCUGCAGCCUGGCUGGCUCUGGCCCUGGCCCUGAUGCGCCCAGGUGAGGCGGCCCCACCACAGGACUGUACCGGCAUUGAGUGCCCACCACUGGAGAACUGCAUCGAGGAGGCCCUGGAGCCGGGGGCCUGCUGUGCCACCUGUGUGCAGCAGGGCUGUGCCUGCGAGGGCUACCAGUACUAUGACUGCCUCCAAGGCGGCUUCCUGCGGGGCCAGGUGCCUGCUGGCCAGUCCUACUUCGUGGACUUCGGCAGCACCGAGUGCUUCUGCCCGCCAGGGGGUGGCAAGAUCAGCUGCCAGUUUAUGCUGUGCCCAGAGCUUCCGCCCAACUGCAUCGAAACAGUGGUGGCUGCAGACAGCUGCCAACAGUGCAGCCAAGUGGGCUGUGUUCAUAUGGGCCGCAAGUACACUGCUGGCCACACUGUCCACUUGCCACCCUGCCGGGCCUGCCACUGUCCUGACGCCGGUGGUGAACUCAUCUGCUACCAGCUUCCUGGCUGUGAUGAAGACACAGAAGCCCUGCCACCUGCUGUCACCACCGCUGGGAAUUUCUCAGACGCCGAGGAGGCUGACCCUGGACAUCACUAUGAAGACCCCUACAGCUAUGACCAGGAAGUGGCCGAGGCAGAGGCGCUGGUGGCCGCAGCGGCCCUGGCCAGUGCGCCCCAGGCAGGUGCAGGGAGCCCAGCUGCUCCAGGAGAUGGCAGUCAGCCCCUUGCUGCCAUCCGGGCAACACCUUGGCCAGCUGCCUUCCCCAAGCCCACAGCAGCUACUGCCCUCGGCCCCCCAGCUCCAGCUCAGGCCAACGCUAGGGAAGUGAUGGAGGACAGUGAAGAGGAAGAGGAAGUAAAAGAAGAAGAGGAGGAAAAAGAGGAGAGGGCUGUCUUGGAACAGCUGGUAGCAGAAAGUCUGCAGGAGUUGGACAGACUCCCCACUGCUGGUCCGGUCACCUUGGAUCUCCUGACCCCGGAGGAGGUUGGGGCCGAAGCCCAGGCAGGCCCUGAGGAGAACCUUCUCCCAGAGGCCCAGCCCACCAUUGCCAGCAAUGCAGGACAGGAGGAAACCACUGUGCGGACACCCAGCAGAGCAGGUCCUGUCCCCACACUGAGUGCCCCUGGUGGCCUGGCCAAGCUCAGUGUCUAUACCACCCCGAGCACACCACUGCAGGAGGUAGCCCAGGACCUUCAGACCCAGGUGACUCCCAAGCAGCCCAGGAUUCUGCUCCAUCCUCAGGCAAAGGAGGAUGUGGACCCCAACUCUGUCCAUUCUGUCCCCAGAAGCGACCCUGAAGUUUCCACCAAGGACAUGAUUGAGAAGUGCUGUGCGGCUGGGCAGCAGCGGGCCAUUUAUAAUGAUGACUGCACAGAUGUCCCUGAGAUUGGCCUGGAGAGUGACAUCUGCAGGACGGCUCAGAAGCACUGCUGUGUCUCCUACUUGAAGGAGAAGACCUGCAUGGCCGGCAUCCUGGCGGCCAAGGAGGGCGAGGCCUGUGGGGCUGAGGACAACGACACCUGUGGCAUCUCCCUGUAUAAGCAAUGUUGUGACUGCUGUGGCAUGGGGCUACGUGUGCGGGGUGAAGGCCAGUCGUGUGAGUCCAACCCCAACCUUGGCUACCCCUGCAACCAUGUGAUGCAGUCCUGCUGUGUGGGCGAAGACCCCCUCAUUGUGCCCGAGGUCCAAGGACCUCCAGAGCCUGCAACCAUCCCACAGAGAGUUUCAGAGGCAGAAGUGGGGGCCCAGGAGGCCCUCACGCUGGGCACGGAGGCUGAGCUGCCCAACAGCCUGCCGGGCGACGACCAGGACGAGUGCCUGCUCCUGCCGGGGGAGCUGUGCCAGCACCUGUGCAUCAACACUGUGGGCUCCUACCACUGUGCCUGCUUCCCCGGCUUCGCGCUGCAGGACGACGGCCGCACCUGCCGUCCAGAUCAAGACCCCUCAAAGCCGGAGGAUACAGCACAGUCUGCUCCGAGGCCACAGUCGUCUCCAGUGGCCCCCAACACGAUCCCACUACCCCUGCCACAACCCAACACCUGCAAAAACAAUGGACCCUGCAAGCAGGUGUGCAACAUGGUUGGGGACAGGGCCAUGUGUUCCUGUUUUCCUGGCUAUGCCAUCAUGGCCGAUGGUGUGUCCUGUGAAGACCGAGACGAGUGCCUCCUGGGCACUCACGAUUGUAGCCGGCGCCAGUUCUGUGUGAACACCCUGGGAUCCUUCUACUGUGUCAACCACACAGUGCUGUGUGCAGAGGGCUUUAUCCUCAAUGCGCACAGGAAGUGCGUGGACAUCAAUGAAUGCGUGACAGCUCUGCACACGUGCAGCAGGGGCGAGCACUGCGUCAACACACUGGGCUCCUUCCGCUGCUACAAGGCCCUCACCUGUGAGCCGGGCUACAGACUUGAGGAUGGCGAGUGCACAGAUGUGGAUGAGUGUGCACUGGGCACACACAAUUGCCAGGUGGGUUUCACGUGCCAGAACACCAAGGGCUCCUUCUACUGCCAGGCUCGGCAGCGCUGCAUGGACGGCUUCUUGCAGGACCCUGAAGGCAACUGUGUGGACAUCAACGAGUGCACGUCAUUGCCUGAGCCCUGUAAGCCAGGCUUCAGCUGCAUCAACACAGUGGGCUCCUACACAUGCCAGCGAAACCCGUUGCUCUGUAGCCGUGGCUACCACGCCAGCGAAGAUGGCACCAAGUGUGUGGAUGUGAACGAGUGUGAGACAGGCAUGCACCGCUGCAGCAACAGUCAGGUCUGCCACAACCUCCCUGGCUCCUACCGCUGUGACUGCAAAGCAGGCUUCCAGCGCGACGCCUUUGGCCGGUCCUGCGUUGAUGUGAACGAGUGCUGGGCCUCCCCGGGCCGCGUGUGCCAACAUACCUGCGAGAACACGUUGGGCUCCUACCGGUGUUCCUGCGCCUCAGGCUUCGUGCUGGCUGCCGACGGCAAGCACUGUGAAGAUGUGAAUGAAUGUGAGACCCAGCGCUGCAGCCAGGAGUGUGCCAACAUCUACGGCUCCUACCAGUGCUACUGCCGCCAGGGCUACCAGCUGGCCGAGGACGGGCACACCUGCAGAGACAUUGAUGAGUGCGCUCAGGGCGCUGGCAUCCUCUGCACCUUCCGCUGUGUCAAUACGCCGGGGAGCUACCAGUGCGCCUGUCCAGAGCAGGGCUACGCAAUGAGGGCCAACGGGAGGUCCUGCAAGGACCUGGAUGAGUGUGCGCUGGGGACCCACAACUGCUCAGAGGCCGAAACCUGCUACAACAUCCAGGGCAGCUUCCGCUGCCUGCGCUUUGACUGCCCGCCAAACUACGUCCGCAUCUCUGAAACGAAGUGUGAGCGUACCAUGUGCCACGACCUGGUGAAAUGCCAGAACUCGCCAGCCCGCAUCACUUACUACCAGCUCAACUUCCAGACAGGGCUGCUGGUGCCCGCGGACAUCUUCCGGAUCAGCCCAGCCCCAAUUUUCGUGGGGGACACCAUUUCCCUGACCAUCACCAAGGGCAAUGAAGAGCGCUACUUUGGCACACGCAAGCUCGACCCCUACACGGGCCUUGUCUACCUGCAGCGCUCGGUGCUGGAGCCCCGGGACUUCGCCCUGGACGUGGAGAUGAAGCUGUGGCGGCAGGGCUCCAUCACCACCUUCCUGAUCAAGAUGCACGUCUUCUUCACUACUUUUGCCCUGUAGCCGCGGCUCCAGGCACUG